CUGCUGGGGCCGGAAGUUGUGUGUAACGUGCAGCUGUGUGAGCCGGGCAGUGUGUGACUCCUCUGUGCCACGUUUCACUUAAUGACGUAAUCUUCCUAAGGUCUGACAGGUCGCCGCUGCAGUAACGUUAACGACACUCAGAGACAGAGAGAGCUGCGCUGCCAUUUUGGAUUUUUCCAGAGAAACAACUAGCCGGCCGUGCUUUGGGGAGCAGAGUAAGCUAACGCUAGCCGCUGUUCAUAUUUCCAUAACAUUGCGGUUUAUCUGCAGACAAGAAAAAUAGACCUUUUUCAAGAGGGGACACGCCAUACAUCGAGUCAACAAUGAAUCCAGAAUAUGACUAUUUAUUCAAGCUGCUCCUGAUUGGUGACUCUGGUGUUGGGAAGUCUUGCCUCCUUCUCCGAUUUGCUGAUGACACGUACACAGAAAGUUACAUUAGCACUAUUGGUGUGGACUUCAAAAUACGAACCAUAGAGCUAGAUGGGAAAACCAUUAAACUUCAGAUUUGGGAUACGGCGGGUCAGGAGAGGUUUCGUACAAUCACAUCCAGCUACUACAGAGGCGCUCAUGGUAUCAUUGUAGUGUACGAUGUCACAGACCAGGAGUCCUUCAACAAUGUCAAACAGUGGCUACAGGAGAUUGACCGCUAUGCCAGUGAAAAUGUAAACAAGCUGCUGGUUGGGAACAAGUGUGACCUGACAACAAAGAAGGUGGUGGAUUACACAACAGCAAAGGAGUUUGCAGACUCUCUAGGCAUCCCCUUUUUGGAAACUAGUGCCAAGAACGCUACCAAUGUGGAGCAGGCCUUCAUGACCAUGGCUGCUGAAAUCAAGAAGAGGAUGGGCCCUGGGGCCACAGCCGGAGGAGGGGAGAAGUCCAAUGUGAAGCUGACCCCCGGCACUACUGUCAAGCCUUCAUCAGGAGGGUGCUGCUGAGAAAGAAACCACUUCCACUUUGACUCCAGCUUACCCUGCGGGCCUGUCGGCCCGGCUGUCAUCCUCCUGUAAACUCCACUGUGUACCUGCAAAGUUCCCUUAAAACAGACAGGACAGGAAAGGCACGAGUCACAUGUGUUGCCUGUAUUUGUACUGUACAUAGUGUAGCCGCACUACCAAAAACAAAUCGAGCAUCCUUCUUGAUAUACCCCCCAUUAGACCUCAGAGACGACUUUAUUUGGCCCUCUGAAAGCAGGUUCAUGAGAGGAGUGUGUGUUUCUUUACAUUCCUACAGCAGGGGUGGCAAAUGAAUCAGUUUCUUUCAGGUUUCUGUUUGUAUGGACCUCUUCUGUUUCUCAUUUCCCUGUGAUUAUGUUGCUCUUUGCAUCAGAAUGUGUCUGUCAGUCUGUCCCCAUUUGAAGAUUGUUUUUUUUUUUAUUAAUUGUCUCAACCUCUGCACAGCAGUGUCUCACUGUCCAGCAUCUAAAAUCUAGUGCAACAGUAUAUGUACAUAAACAUUGUGUGUAUAAAUAUAUAUAUGUAAGAUCUGAUUUACCAGUUCUGUAGUGUUCAGUUGGGAAAGUCUUGACUCUUUCUCUCUGCAUUAAAUUUGUGGCUAAAGACAAUUG